AUGUCGUUGCAGGGCGGCGAGGAAGCCUCGUCUGCCCUUCACGAGGAUCACAGCCCCCAUCCAUCCUCCGCAGCCGACUCCGACAGCCAAACUACAGACGGACAGCAAGACUCGUUCGAGGACGCCAUUGACAAUGCAGAUAGGACGGCGGAUGCGAUAGAUGCUGGCUCGGCUCGGUCGCUGACCAGGAGAUCUGCCUCUGUAGCAAUAAGUUCACCGCCCCAACCAAACCGAGGGAAGAAGAGUCGCGAAGAGGAUGGGGUUGAAGAGGAGCACCGCGAGCAGCAACGCGCCCAGGACGAGCAUGUAAACGUGAUCAACGGCGCGCCGAAACAGAAAGCCCGCCGGACAUCGUCGGCCUUGUCAAAUCGCAUUGCGGACGCAUCAAACCUGGACAACAUCAAUCUCGAUGAUGAGGGCGUGGCCAAGGUCCAAGAGCCCCCUAGCCCACCAGAAAAAGACAUGUUUGCAAGCAGGACCCUUUCGCUGAGCAGCAUCACAAAUGCACUUGGCCCAUCGCCUUGGCCUCCCACUGCCGAGUCUCCGUCCAAGAGCCCUGCCAGGUCCUUGAUUGCGGUCGCUUCUCCAGCACAGCCACCGCUGCCACCGCUGCCACCAUUACCGGCAUUGCCACAGCACCCCGGGCCCCCGAGCCGAAAACUCACGAGUCCCUUCUCCUGGCUAUCGCGAAGCUCGUCAAGCAAGGAUAAAGACAGCCCCCCUAUGUGUCCGGGAAACACUACUGGUCGGAGAAACACCGCGAGCUCGAUUGCGACCUUGACCAGCAACCCGGAAAUGAUGCUCAGCAAGCUUGACGAGCAGAAUAAAGCUGAUAAUGGAUCGCAACGUGAGAGUCUCAAGGACAGGUUCAAGGCUCUUAGAAUGCGCGAGGAAGCAGGCAUUCAUCUCAUUACCGGAGGAGAAAAUGACGGUCACGGGGAUGGCUUCAGUCUGGCCCACCCCGUAGGUGAACACGAGGACAAGAGUCCGUUGACACCUGUGCCAAACCCCAAUCACGAUCUAGCCCCCGGCACUGCAUCAGGCGUGAACGCUGGGCCAUCGGCAAUGCAGGAGGCUCAAGUGGAUUGGGACCUGUGGCAGUCUGUCGUUUACGAGGGCCCCGCCGCAGUGGCUCGCACCAGCCCAGAAGAGUUGAACAUAGCCAUAGCUACCGGCAUACCAAACGCUAUUCGUGGAGUGAUUUGGCAAGUCCUCAGCCAGAGCAAGAAUGAACGGCUUGAAGCCAAAUACAGGGAACUAGUGGUCCGUGGUACCGACAAGGAGAAGAGACGCAGCGACAGCACGACGAGCAGCUCCACCACCAGCAAUCAUGCAAACGUCGCCAAUUCCAAUGGCGAUGGCGUCAACUCGUCUGCGUCCUCUGUUCAUUCCAACCAGUCUCAUGGUAACGGCACUGGUUCGCCGCAGAGCGAGAAGAGUCAGGAGGCAUCUGCCAAAGCACAGGCCGCGGCAGAGGCAGAGAAGAAGAAGAACAAGAAGAAGAAGCAAAAGGUGGAUGCCGCGGCUCUUCAAAAGCUAGAGCGCAUCAUUCGACGCGAUCUCGGAGCCAGGACGAGCUAUUCCAAAUAUGCCGCGGCUGCUGGGCUCCAGGAAGGCCUGUUUGGUGUCUGCAAGGCAUAUGCCCUCUUCGACGAGGAUGUUGGGUAUGCCCAGGGCAUGAAUUUUCUGAUUAUGCCCCUGCUGUUCAACAUGCCCGAAGAGGAGGCAUUCUGCCUGCUUGUUCGACUUAUGCACCAGUACCAACUCCGUGACUUGUUCGUCCAUGACAUGCCCGGAUUGCACCUGCACCUGUAUCAAUUCGAACGCCUACUGGAGGACCUGGAGCCUGCGCUAUACUGCCACUUGCAUCGUCGAGGAAUCUCCCCGCAUCUUUAUGCCACCCAAUGGUUUCUCACGCUCUUUGCAUAUCGAUUCCCGCUUCAAUUGGUUCUCCGCAUCUACGAUUUGAUCUUUUCGGAAGGCCUGUCUGCCAUCCUGCGAUUCGGUAUCGUGCUGAUGCAGAAGAACUCGUCUACACUCCUCAAGAUAUCUGAUAUGCAGCAGCUUACAACCUUUCUCAAGGAUAAGCUCUUCGAUGUCUACAUUGACAAAGAUCCUAGUCAGGGCAGCAUUCUUGAGAACGGCUUCUUUGGCAGCUCGAGCUCAAGCCUGGACAAGGAAGUUUACAGAGCGGACCAGCUCGUCAAGGAUGCGUGUGAGGUCAAGAUCACGCCCGAGACCUUGAAAACGUAUACAUCCGAAUGGGUGGAGAAGACCAAGGCUGACAAGGACAGGGAGACGGAGCUCCAGGAUCUUCGUUUAGCAAACCAAAAUUUUUCCAUUCAAUUACGAAAGCUGGAAGAGCGCGUGCAGGCUGGUGACACGGAACAGGCAGCUCUGGCCACCGAACUCGUCCACACCAAGGUCGAAAAUGAGGAGUUGAGGGAUGAGAACGAAAGCCUCAAGGGACAGGUCAAGGAGUUGAGAAACGUGAUUGAAAAACAGCCUGCCGAGAUUGAAGGAUCGUGGAGGUUGGAACGAGACGACUUGAUGAAGCGUAAUGAAAAAGUACACGAAGAAAACCAAAAACUGGAGAAGGAGAUGGCUGAGCUCGAAGAAGAGCUAAUUCAAACCAAAAUGCAAUAUGCAGAGGUCAAUUCCCAGCUUGAAACCCUAAACCGCAAAUGGUCAGAGCUCAAGCGACAAUUUGCAUGA